AGUCACUGAUUAACUUUAAAAAAAAAAAAAAAAAAAAAAAAAAAAAAAAUGGUUGCCUCUCAACUCUACUUCUUCUCCUUUUCCUUUGUUUUCUCAUCCUUUCUCCGUUUAGCAACCAGCAGCCUUCGAAUUUGCCCGGGUUGGUGCGAUGGCAGUGGACCAAUUAUUUUUCCUUUCCGGCUCACCGAUCAACUCGAACGUUGUGGGUACCCAGGCUUUGAGCUUUCAUGCAAAAUGAGUGACGUAUUUAUCCACCUCCCCAACUCAUCGGGAAAUGGAUUCAUUGUCCAAAAGAUUGACUACCUAUCACAAACUCUAUCAAUCAACGACCCCGAUCAUUGCCUCCCUAAAAGAUUCCUUGAUCACUCUUUUAGCCUUUCGGGUUCUCCCUUUGAACAUGUAAGCCCUGUUGAAAACUUCACAUUUUUAAACUGUUCGUCCGAUCAGAUACCGGAAGUCAUCGGGUUAAGGUAUAUUGAUUGUUUAAGCGGAGGAAAUUAUUCGACCGUGGCUAUACGAGCUUCUCGUUAUAACGAAUCUGGGUUAUCAUUAUCAAGUUAUUGUUCGAAUAUUUCCACCAUCUUGGUUCCAGUUCUGUGGCCAAGGUGGUCCAAUCUUGAAGAUGGAGUUCUCUUGAAAUGGAGCGAGCCUGAUUGUCAAUCAUGUGAAGACCGACGUGGGGUUUGUGGUUUCAAGAAAUUUGAGGGUCAGGAUAUGAAUAUUGGAUGCGCCAAUAUUCCCACUGGAACGGGUUUUCUUCCAAGGGGUGCCAAGUAUGGGAUAAUCGUAGGCGUAGCAAUUCCAGGACUAUUGUGCCUCAUUGGACUAGGAUGUUGCUUGUGUGGCAAGGUGAGGGCUCAAUAUUACGAGCGCCGUCGCUUAAACAACAGAUUGAUCCAUUCCUUUAGUCUCACAGAACGGCCGGUUGUAUUGACGGGUCUCGACAGACCAACCAUAGAGUCAUUCCCCAAAACGAAGCUCGGAGAAAGCAGACGAUUACCGAACCCAAAUGACAACACUUGUCCAAUUUGCCUCAGUGAGUACCAGGCCAAGGAAACAUUGAGGACAAUCCCUGAAUGCAACCAUUAUUUCCAUGCGAAUUGCAUAGACGAAUGGCUUAAAAUAAAUGGAACAUGCCCACUGUGUCGCAAUUCACCAGAAGGCUCUGAUAUAGUAACACCUUCUAUGUCAACUUCUUCGCAUUCGUCCCCCUCUUCAUUUUCGUCUGUUCCAUAGAAGACCAUAUGGGUUGUACAUAAGAGUUUAGUGUGGUUGAAUAAUUUGUCAGAAUUUGCCGUCUUAUAGACUCAUUCAAAUUUAGGUUAAGUUUAAUAGUAAGUUAUAAACUGUUUUGAAUCA